UGAUCUCGCGUGCGCCCGAACGUUUGGAAGCAUCGCUGUAUAAAGCCUACCGGCCGAACAGGUUGAAGGUUUAGUUCGUGCUCCACAACCGAACCGAUCGGUGUCCGCAGCGUCACGCUGCCGUGCUUGGGUGACUGAGUUUAUUGUGAAGCAUAGCGCUUAUUGUGUGAUAAGAGGAGGUCGGAAGGAAUACGCAUUUGUUAUUGUAGGGUGCUGAGCGUAAAUCACCCUGGUGGUCGGCAAAACACACGCGACCAUGCGACGUACGACGGUGCCUGGGCAGGACGUCCAGGUCAGGGUCCUGUGGACAUCCUCGACGCCGCUGCUAGUGUGUCUGGUGCUUAGUGCAGUGUUCGUAACCGGUUCGCAGGCCAAUGGCCACUAUUCGAUCGUCGGAGCAAAGCUGCUGCGGCCCAACUCGGAGUAUCAUGUGGCGGUAACGAAUCAGGAUGUGAGCGAACCGAUCCGCUUCAGCCUCGCCAUUACGGACGCUAGCAACGUGAUCGAAAAGCAGGAGAUAACGCUUAACACCGGUGAAACGAGGCUGGUACCGUUUGUGAUUGGUGAUAUCCCGGAGUCGUCCUACAAACUGGUGGCCGAAGGGUUAUCAGGCCUAACCUUCAAGAACGAGACCGACCUGGAGUAUCAGCAGAAGAGCUUCUCGGUGUUUGUGCAAACGGACAAAUCCAUCUACAAGCCGGGCGAUACGGUGCGGUUCCGUGUGUUGGUACUGGACCCAAACACCAAACCGCUCCCGAAAGCGGACAGCAUCAACGUGCACAUUAACGAUGCAAAGGCGAACCGGAUCAAGCAGUGGAAGGAAGGGAAGCUGGUGAAGGGUGUGUUCGAAUCGGAACUGACCCUAUCGACCGCACCGGUACUGGGCGCUUGGACCAUCAACGUGGAGGUGCUGGGAACGAAACACAACAAAGUGUUCGAGGUGGAUGAGUACGUGCUGCCGAAAUUUGAAGUUACGGUCGAAUCGCCCGGCAUAACGACGUUCAAGGAUGGUAAGGUGAAGGCAAUCAUCCGCUCGAAGUACACGUACGGUAAACCGGUAAAGGGCGAGGCAACCGUUUCGGCUAGCCCCGAGUUCCAGUUCCACUACGUACAACCGUUCGCUAAGGAUGUAAUCACCCGCAAGGUGGUACCGAUCGAUGGCAAGGGUUCGGUAGAGUUCGAUCUACGCGAGGAACUCCGGCUGGAGGGCGAUUACACGCGUAACAUCGUUAUUGAAGCCGUCGUGGAGGAGGAACUGACCGGGCGGAAGCAAAAUGCAUCGGCCAAGGUGAUGAUCUACGAUCGGCGGUACAAGAUGGAGUUGAUAAAGUCGGACGACAACUUCAAACCGGGCCUACCGUACACCGCCUGGCUGAAGGUGACGUAUCAGGACGGUGCACCGGUACAGGAUCAAACCAAUCCGGUCGAGGUGAAGCAAUCCACGUACGAGAGUACGCAGUUCCUGCGGAACUACACGCUGGAUCAGAACGGUAUGGCGAAGCUGGAGAUCAACACCGACGUGAACAGCACGUACAUCAACGUGGUCGGUGUGUAUCUGGGCCAGGAGUUCUAUCUGAGCGGUAUUUCGAAGGCCGAUUCCGAUGUGGACUCGUACAUUCGGGCGCGAGUACUGACGGAGAUGCCACUGGUCGGGAGCGAUGUUGUGGUGGAAGUUUCUGCCACUGCGCCGAUGAAGUUCUUCACCUACCAGCUGCUGGGCCGUGGAGAUGUGCUGCUCAGUAAUACGGUGGCAGUUCCGGAGAGUAAGACUCACAAGUUCAAGUUCCCGGCUACGUUCGCGAUGGUACCGAGGGCCAAGCUGGUUGUGUUCUAUAUCGCUCCCAAUGGGGAUAUGGUGAGCGACAGUAAGGUGAUCACGUUCGAUAGUGAGCUGCAGAACUUUAUGAAGGUAAGCCUUUCCAAGGACCAGACAAAGCCGGGCCAGGACGUGGAAAUUAGCAUCAGCACCAAUCCCGACUCGUACGUCGGAUUGCUGGGUGUCGAUCAGAGUGUACUGUUGCUGAAGAGUGGCAACGACAUCACGAAGGAGCAGGUGUUUAGUGAGCUGGAGAAGUACGAGGAGCGUUCCUACGGAUACUAUCGCAGGAAGAAGCGUUUCGCGUGGAACCCGCACAUCGAGCAUCAAGAUUUCAAUACUGUCGGUGCAUUCGUGCUAUCCAACGCCAAUGAUCCUCCUCCAAAUAACACAUUGCCCGAGGUACCGAUCUAUAAGUUUCACCGUGCCCCGAAUGGUACCGUGCUGUACACGACGAUCGAAAAGCCACGAUCGAUGCAGAACCAGCGCCAGGUGCUGAAAACGAAUACGCGACCACCGUUGGCCGGUCCGUUCGCGUUCAGUCGCAUACCGCGACCGCACCGUGACAUACCGCGCAUAUUCCUGUCGCAGGAAAUUCAAAACACUUGGCUUUUUGACAAUACCUACUCCGGCUUCAGCGGAGAGAAGACGCUCCAGAAGAAGGUGCCCGAUACGAUCACGUCGUGGAUCAUUACCGGCUUUUCGGUGAACCCGGUGUACGGGCUGGGUCUUACGCAGCAACCACGCAAGCUGAAGGUGUUCCUGCCCUUCUUCGUGUCCACCAACCUGCCGUACUCGGUGAAGCGUGGUGAGGUGGUAGCCAUCCCGAUCGUGGUGUUUAACUACAUGGAGGAUGAUCAGACGGCGGAAGUUGUGCUGCACAACGACGAGCAGGAGUUUGAGUUUGCCGAUGUCGAGAAUGAAGUCGUCGAGUCGUCCAAGGUGGAACUGUUCCGUCAGAAGCGGCUGGACAUUGCCUCGAACACGGGCAAAUCGGUUUCGUUCAUGGUGAAGCCCAAGAAGCUGGGACACAUCACGAUCAAGGUGACGGCUAAAACGAAGAUUGCCGGUGAUGCCGUCGAGCGGCAGUUACUGGUAGAACCGGAAGGACUGCCUCAAUUCAUCAACAAAGCGGCUUUUAUUGAUUUGCGCGCCGUUCCGGAGGCUACGAAGACGUUCGAGGUAGAAAUCCCGAAGAACGCUGUCCCCGACUCGACCCGCAUCGAGGUGGCAGUGAUUGGUGAUGUGAUGGGAUCGACUAUUCAGAACCUUGACUCGCUUAUCCGAAUGCCGUACGGGUGUGGUGAGCAGAACAUGCUUAACUUUGUGCCAAACAUUGUCGUGUUGGAUUACCUGAAGGCUACCAACAAGCUGACCGCAAACAUUGAGGCUAAGGCGAAGAAGUUCAUGGAGGCGGGCUAUCAGCGUGAGCUGAGCUACAAGCAUCAGGAUGGAUCGUUCAGCGCAUUCGGUGAGAGCGAUAAGAGCGGUAGCACUUGGUUGACAGCUUUCGUGGCACGCUCGUUCAAGCAGGCGGCCAACCAUAUUACGAUCGAUGAGAAGGUGAUUGACAAAUCGCUCGAGUGGCUGAGCGAUCAUCAGGCCCCGAACGGUAGCUUCCCGGAGGUGGGCGUUGUGUCGCACAAGGAUAUGCAGGGAGGGUCCGGUUCGGGCGUGGCACUGACGGCCUACACGCUUAUCGCGUUCCUGGAGAACAUUAAUCUGGUGGACAAGUACAAGAACACGAUCAACAAGGCGAUCGACUAUGUGUACCGCAACACGGAAUCGCUGGACGAUACGUACGCGCUGGCGUUGGCAGCGUACGCGCUGCAGCUGGCCGACCACUCGUCGAAGCAGUUGAUUCUGAGCAAGCUGGACGCGAAGGCGACCACCGACAGUGAUUCGAAGUGGUGGCACAAACCGAUCCCGGAGGUAGAACAGAAGAACCCAUGGUACAGUAGGCCCAACUCGGUGAACGUGGAGAUGUCUGCGUACGGGCUGCUGGCGUUCCUGGAGGCCGGUCUCGACACGGAUGCGCUGCCGAUUAUGAAGUGGCUGAUUGGGCAGCGUAACGAUAAGGGCGGAUUCCAGUCCACGCAGGACACGGUGGUGGGUUUGCAGGCGCUGGCAAAGCUGGCAGCAAAGAUCACCUCGCCCAACAAUGACGUGGCGAUCGUGGCGAAGAUUAACGAGAACCAGGAAAAGCGUAUGUCGGUGAACGCUGAGAAUGGGAUGAUCUUGCAGAAGUUUGAGCUACCGUCGGCGGCACGCAACAUCGAGAUUAAGGCAACGGGCAGCGGGUUCGCCGUUGUUCAGCUGUCGUACAAGUACAACAUGAACGUGACGGGCGAAUGGCCCCGGUUUGUGCUCGAUCCGCAGGUGAAUGCCAACACCAACCCGGACCAUCUGCAUCUGUCGGUGUGCGCCAGCUUCGUGCCGUCCGCCGGUCAGAACGUUUCCAAUAUGGCCGUCAUGGAGGUGGGCUUCCCGAGCGGUUUUACGGCCGAUUCGGAUACGCUACCGUCGCUGGAAAAUAUGCCAUUCAUUAAGAAAGUGGAAACUAAGGAUGGCGACACAACGGUUGUGCUGUACUUCGACAGCUUGGAUCAGCGCGAGCUCUGCCCAACGAUCUCCGCCUUCCGCACGCACAAGGUCGCCAAACAGAAGCCUGCACCGGUUGUGAUCUACGAUUACUACGAUAACUCUCGCAUCGCGCGUCAAUUCUACGAAGGACCGAAGGCUUCCCUGUGUGACAUCUGCGAGAAUGAAGACUGCAGCGAGGCGUGCAGCAUCAAGUCGCAGAAGCAGCGAUCAUCGGACAGUCCCAGCCGUGAGCCUACCGUCGACAAUGGUCCGACGCUAAGCAGCAGUAGUCCUACUGUGCGCAUCAGUUUCUUCACGUUCCUGUUCGCCACGGUGCUGGUGACCAUCUUUCAUUAGCGCGGCAAGCGAUAAGACGCACUAAAUAGACGAGAAUUCUUUUUCGUACAGGGUAGAGCAGCGAAAUGAGGUGAUGUGCAUGAUGGUAGCGGCACAGUUCAGUUUUUUUUUUGUAUUGCGGAAUAAUUAAUGCCUCGGCAAAGGCGCGAACGUGGGAUGGGAACGCGAAGGUGGACAGGAUAAUGGUUGAUAAGAAAUAAAAGAAAGAAGAUGUCUCACUAA